AUGGCUAAAAAGGGUAACAAGACGAAGAGCACCGCAACACCUCCUCCAGAACAAUUGCCAUCAAAUGAUAAGAAGGAAAAGAGAGGUAAAGGACGUGUGGAGCUCACAGAAGACCAGAAGAGGGCGCUAAAGGCCAACAGAAGUAAGGUAACAAACACUACUAGCUGGACCGGAAAACUUCCACACACUCUCUUACACGAAAUAACUGUAAAGCGAAAAUGGAACAAAGUAGAAUAUGUUAUGAAUCGUAUAGGGGACAAGGGAAUGCUUGCUUUCGCUGUAUUAUCGUACACAGAUCCCAAAACGAAAGAAACCCUUACGGUACGAAUGCAAGAUCCUACUUUUGAUAAAAAGACGAAUAGUGGAUUACUUGUUCCUCAGGAGACACCAGCAGAGGCCCGGCAUUAUGCGGCUACGUUAGCAUUGGCUCGAAUUGCGCAUAAUACUAACAUGCAUAUGAUGUUGCCGCCGAAUCACAAGAAAAUAUGGCAUGAGCUCGAUGAUUAUAAAAAGAAGUUAAAUCAAGAGAACCCGGCACUAUGCUGUAAGAUCUUUGAUGUAGAUCCUUUUAAAACACUAGUUGAAGAUCGUAAACUACGGGAGAAACAAGAGAAGGAGCGAGGACAAACUUUGGAGUCUGAGAAGAAGGCUAAGAAGCCUCCAAUAAUGGUCACUUCAUUAAAACAACCUGAGGAAAAGGAAUCCUCUGCUAAUGCUCGUUCUCGGAAAUCCAAGCAGAUAAACUUACAAGUUCACACUGUGAAAUUUCCUAGGAAGGUUUGGGAGAUGGCAACAUAUAUUGACUUAGAGCAAUCAACGAGGAAUUUUAUUGAGAAUUCUUUGAAAUCAUAUGUUGAUUGGCAUAUUAAGAUGUAUAAUGGAGAAGUUACCCCAGAACGCGAGCAGUUACGGCAACAGUUGCUUGCUUUUGGUUUCCGCAAUUCCCAUGUUGCAGAGGCGAUGAAAUAUAAAGAUGCGCUUUCGUUUCUUCUAUUUCAUCUGCCUGAGGAUGAUUUGCCACCUUUUUUCCAUAGAAGAAUUGAGGAUACGAAGAUGAAGGUUGAAUUGGCAACAUUGCCGCUUGCCACAAGAAAUAUGAUAGAUAGAUUAAUGGAGUCAGGGUUUUCGUAUGAGGAGUGUCUUCUUGCCCUUGAACAGUCAUCCUUUGACGAGGCUGAAGCUGCUGGUAUCCUCACUGCUUCCCUUGCACCUAGUGAUAUGCAAUCUACUGAAAUAUCCUCAGACGAGUCGAAAGAGAUAUGGUAUCAGGAAUUAGAUGCACUCUCGAGUAUUUACGAGGCCGACCAACAUACUAUUAUAGAAAAGGAUACCUGCUUCAUGAUGAAUUUAAGCGAAGAACUACAUUUAAAAGUGAAGUUUUACAAGACAAAGUAUUACCCAUCUCAGCUUCCUGGAAUUAUCGUUUCGACGUUUGAUAAGAACUAUAAAUUGCCAAAUUAUAUUAAACAACAGAUAGUGCGGAAGUUAUUGCACUAUAUUGAGAGUUCUGGCAUCUUUGGAGAUAUUUUGCUGUUCAACAUAUUUGGGUGGUUACAAGAGCAUUUGGUAAAUAUCAUUGACAAUCCAGGUCCAUUGUUCUUUGAAACCAAGAACGGCGAAGGAAAUUUGAGAGACCAAAAAUCAAAACCAGCAAUCAAAAAAGAAUCUAAAGGAAGAGGUCGUGCAACUAAGACAUUAACGCAAGAUGAGGUUACUCGAAUUGAACAGGAAUAUUUAGAUAGAAUUAAAACACCACAAUAUGGUGAAAUGAUUAGUCAAAGAUCAAAAUUGCCAGCCUGGGGUAAACAAAAGAGAAUUGUCGAAAUGGUAGAAAAUAAUGAUGUCAUUCUCGUUACAGGUGAAACAGGUUCCGGUAAAUCGACUCAAGUUGUUCAAUUCCUGCUUGAUAGUUUGAUGAAGGAUAAGAAGGACUUUUCGAAGCGCAAAAUUAUAUGUACGCAGCCCAGGAGGAUUUCAGCAAUAGGUUUAGCGGAACGUGUAUCAGAUGAAAGACGCACAAAAUGUGGUAGUGAGGUUGGUUAUAUUAUUAGAGGCGGUAACAAGACAUCGGCAUACACUAGGAUAGUCUUUAUGACUACCGGUGUUUUGGUUAGAAUCCUACAGGGGGAUAAGACUUUCUUGAGUAACUCUAUUGUUGUUAUAGAUGAGGUACACGAGAGAAGUGUUGACACUGACCUUUUGGUUAUUUUAUUGAAGAAUAUUCAUAAGAAAAUUCCAGGCAUGAAGAUUGUUUUAAUGAGUGCUACCGUCAAUGUUGAAAUCUUUAAGAAUUAUUUUGAUGGUAUGAAAACAUGUCAUAUCGAAGGGAGAACAUUUCCAAUUAAGGAUUACUUCUUAGAGGAUAUUUUGGAGGAAUUAGACUUUAAAAUUAAAAGAAAAAACUUCGACGAUAUCGACUUUGUUGACGAAGACUCAGCUUUCUUGAGACCAACAGCGGAUUCGAAGUUUUUCCAAAGUGGCCAGAUCAAUUUCGAUCUUUUAGCUGAUACCGUUUUCCAUGUCCAUAAAAGGUUGAUUUCUGAGAACAACAACGGUUCUAUUAUCGUAUUUUUGCCCGGUGUUGGUGAAAUUAACAAGUGCUGUCAAAUUUUAAGUCGCGAAGACAAUAAUUCAGACCUUGUCAUUUUACCCUUGCACUCUUCUUUGACAACCGAAGCCCAGAAGCGUGUUUUCAAUAGGAUUCCAGGGAAACGUAAAGUUGUGGUCUCUACUAACAUCGCUGAAACAUCCAUCACUAUUGAUGAUUGUGUCGCCACUAUUGACACUGGUCGUGCGAAGGUCAUGGAUUACAAUCCAAAAGAAAAUAUUACGAAGUUGGUAGAAACCUUUAUUUCUAAAGCAGAAGUAAAACAACGUAGAGGUCGUGCUGGUAGAGUUCAAGAGGGCUAUUCUUACAAAUUAUUUUCGAAAAAUGUCUUUAAUGGAAUGAUGGAAUCGCCUAUACCUGAAAUCAAAAGAAUACCUUUGGAGUCUUUGUAUCUAUCAGUGAAAUCGCUCAGUAUAACAAAUGUGAUGAAAUUUUUGGCAACCGGUAUCGAUCCACCACCCAUGUCUUCCUUUUUGAAGUCUGAACAAAUGUUAAUAAGAACAGGUUUACUUCGAGAAGAAGAUAAGUCACUGACCGAACUUGGUAAAUAUGUGAGCAUGAUGCCUGUUAUGGAUACUAAGCAUGGUAAACUCUUAGUUUAUUCGAUAAUUUUCGGAUGCACAGAUAUUGGUGUCUUACUCACAUCUGUAUUAGGCGCAGGAGCAAUGCCAUUUGUUGGUCCAAGUGAAAACAGAGAUAAAAUAAAGGCUAUAUUAUCACAGUUCAAAGGUAAAGGCGAUAUACUAGCAAUCACCGAGAUAGUAAGCCAAUACCUCGACAUGAAGGACAGCUCAAGUCGCCGUAAGUUUAUGGCAGAUAACUUGUUAUCCUAUAGGAAACUUGAGGAAAUUCAGAACUCGAUUACUCAGUACUAUUCUAUUUUGGCGGAUGCCGGGCUACUUCCUUUGGGAUACAAGCCUGGAUCUGUUGAACAUUUGAACAGAAAUGCAGGUAAUUAUAACGUGUUAAAGUGCAUAAUAACUGGUGCAUUCUAUCCCAACGUGGCACGAGUUCAAUAUCCAGAUCCAAAGUUCAUCUCUGUCAGUUCAGGCGCUGUAGAGGUAGACUCGGAGGCCAAGCUGACUAAGUUCUGGAUUAUCAACGAGGAAUACAUAGACCAUCUCUCUUCUGUUGAGCCCAAAAAUGAUACCGGAAACGCUCCACUCCCUACUACUCGGGCGUUUAUACAUCCUUCGUCGGUGCUAUUCACAUCGGAAAAUUCCCAGGCCCAACCUAUCAGUGCGAUGGAUGAUAACAUCUCCCCGUCCUUAUCUAAGCUCACACUCUCCUCGUCCAAAGCUCCCUUUGUGGUCUACAAUGCAGCUUUUUCAACAUCCAAACUUUUUUUGCGUGACCUGACACCGACAUCCACUCUAGCACUGCUUCUAUUUGGAGGCCCUAUCCACUACGAGAUUCACGGAACCGAGCAUUCUCCAGGCAUUGUCGUUGAUCAAUGGCUCCCAAUACGAACUUGGUGCAAGAAUGGUGUCCUAUUAAAAGAAGUAAGAGAACUACUUGACCAAGUACUGCAGAAGCGACUAGAGGAUACGACUUCAUUCAGCCCCGACGAUAAAGAAGGGCAAAUCUUAAAACUUAUAGAACACGUAAUCAACAUAGAAUAA